AUGCUUCUCAAUAACCCUUUUCCUUCUUUGAUCUUCCAAAGAGAGACUCUAUGUCCCUCUCUUUCACCAUCUGCUUUUAAGAACGUUAAUGGUUUUUCUGUCGUGAGAUAUCCAAAGAAGAACGUGGGUGGAUUGGUGGUUUUGGCUUCAAAAGAGGCUAAGGACAAACUACUUACUCUGGAUGUUGUGUUCAAGCCUUUUGAGGAAGUGAAGAAAGAGCUCAGCAUGGUACCGACUACCCCCCAUGAAUCACUUGCUCGUCAAAACUUUUGUGAUCAUUGUGAGGCUGCCAUCAAUGAUCAGAUAAACGUGGAGUACACUGUGUCUUACGUGUAUCAUGCCAUGUAUGCCUAUUUCGAUCGAGACUACGUCGCUCUCAAAGGACUUGCCAAAUUUUUUAAGGACUCAAGCGUGGAAGAAAGAGAUCAUGCUGAGAAAUUGAUGGAUUACCAGAACACAAGAGGUGGAAAAGUUAAGCUGCAAUCCAUGCUGAUGCCCUUGUCAGAAUUUGAUCAUCCUGAAAAGAGUGAUGCAUUGCAUGCAAUGGAGAUUGCGUUGGCCUUGGAAAAGCUGAACAAUGAGAAGCUUCUAAAUUUACGCAAAAUAGCCGAUGAACAAAAUGACGUCUACCUAGUAGAUUUUAUUGAAAGUGAGUUCUUGGUUGAUCAGGUGGAGUCCAUUAAGAAAAUGUCGGAAUAUGUAGCGCAGCUGAGAAGGGUGGGCAAAGAUAAUGGACAUGGUGUCUGGCACUUUGAUCAGAUGCUUCUCAAGCAUGGUGAUGGUGCAUGA